AUGCGCAGCGUGGGCGCGCAGAGCGACUCAUUCUUCAGACGGUCGCGCACAGCGAGGUUUCCAAAGUUGGGCGCGAGCAUGAGUGAGAAGACUUGGUCUGCAGCGUCAAACCAGCUGCGCUCUCUGAGCUGGCAGUCUUGCAGAUUAUGCGGGGCGACCUCCGCCGCGUUUGCUGAGACGUCUGCCCAUCCAGUGCGCAGGUGUAACACUACCAAGGCGCGUCGCGCACUGAAGUUGUUGCAAUGGAUUGCCAGCUUGCCUGCGUCGGACCACGCUGGUGGCACCUCCGUGCGAAGCUCUGCGUGCAUAGAGCGUACGGACUCCACAACUGAGGCCUUGGGCCUGCUCGUGAGUGCCUUGACGGCGCAAGGGAUGUCGCCCGGCUUUCUCGGGAUCAACUUUGGCGCAUCGAAGAAGUCCUCGAACUUGUACAAGCGGCCGCCGGCGUGGCGGCUGCUAUUCACAAGCGCGCUGCAGUUUUGUCUGAAGGCUUCUCGAGCGAGCCCACCAACGAUUGGCACCGUGUUGCCGAGCCCACCCGUCAAUCUGGAUGGCCACACUGUCAGCUGA